UACAGAUUCCCAUUUUGUGGACAACAGGGAACUUCCUUUCUUUAUGAUAGAAUAGAAGUAUAGAACAAACAAAAAAAAACUCUGUAAUCUUCUGUCUUCAUAUAACAAAAAAACAAUAGUCACAACUUUACUAAAAUGGCAGAAAUUGCAGUGUCUUUAGUUGUAGACCAACUACUUCCACUGUUAAGGGAAGAAGCCAAGUUGUUGAGAGGUGUUCACAAGGAAUUUGCAGAUAUUAAAGAUGAACUGGAAAGCAUCCAAGCCUUCCUUAAGGAUGCGGAUAAAAGAGCUGUUUCAGCUGAAGGUGAAGGAGUUAAAACAUGGGUGAAGCAAGUUAGAGAAGUAGCUUUUCGCAUAGAAGAUAUCAUUGAUGAUUAUUUGAUCCAAGUAGGACAGAAGCCUCGUAAACCUGGAUGUGUAGAUUUAGUCUGUAAGAUUAAAACUAUGAUCCCUCGUCGUCGAAUAGUGUCUGAGAUUCGAGAUAUUAAGUCAUCUGUGCGUGAGAUCAAGGAAAGAAGCGAAAGAUAUGGCUUUCAACGUUCUUUGGAAAGAGGAUCGAGCAAUGACAAAUGGCAUGACCCUCGAGUGGCUGCUCUUUACAUUGAGGAAGGUGAAGUUGUUGGUUAUGAAGUACAAAGAGAGAGGUUGAUUGAUUGGUUGAUAAAGGGAAGAGAUGAACGGACGGUAGUUUCUGUAGUUGGAAUGGGAGGGCAAGGAAAAACCACUCUUGCUAAGAAAGUUUUUGACAGCAAGAAUGUCAUUGGACACUUUGAUUGUCGUGUAUGGAUCACAGUGUCUCAAUCGUAUAAUGUUGAAGGGUUGUUGAGGGACAUGUUGCUAAAGUUUUACAAACAAAAAGGAGAAGAUCCUCCUAAGGAUAUUUUUCAAAUGGAUCGAGGUUCAUUAACCGAUGAAGUGAGAAACUACUUGCAGCAAAAGAGGUACGUUAUCGUGUUUGAUGAUGUUUGGAGUGUACAUUUUUGGGAUGAUAUUGAAUUUGCUAUAAUUGAUAAUAAAAAUGGAAGUAAAAUAUUUAUCACAACAAGGAACCUAGAUGUUGUGGUGUCUUGUAAAAAAUCUUCUUUCAUUGAAGUGCUUGAGUUGCAACCAUUAACUCAAGAACAGUCUUUGGAGUUGUUCAAUAAGAAGGCAUUUAGAUUUGACUAUAGUGGGUUUUGUCCAAAGGAGCUCGUUUCUAUAGCUUAUGAAAUUGUUAGAAAAUGUAAGGGUUUACCACUAGCAAUUGUUACCAUUGGUGGUCUUUUGUCUGCUAAAGAGAAAAAUGUGUUUGAGUGGCAGAGAUUUAGUGAAAAUCUAAGUUUUGAGCUAAUGAAAGAUACACAUCUAAUUGGGAUAAAAGAAAUUUUAGGCUUAAGUUACGAUGAUUUGCCUUACUCUCUCAAGUCAUGCUUGUUGUAUUUUGGAAUAUAUCCAGAAGAUUAUGAAGUUAAAUCAAAGAGAGUGAUUCGACAGUGGAUAGCGGAAGGAUUUGUGAAGGAGGAAAGGGGGAAGACUUUGGAAGAAGUUGCAGAAGGAUAUUUAACAGAGUUGGUCCAUAGAAGCUUGGUGCAAGUAUCUUCAAUAAGAAUUGAUGGAAAAGCUAAAGGUUGUCGUGUUCAUGAUCUAAUACGUGAUAUGAUCCUUGAAAAAUUUGAGGAAUUAAAUUUUUGCAAUCAUAUUAGUGAAGAUGGACAAUCAUCCUUAAGUGGAACAGUUCGGCGGCUAUCAAUAACAACCACUUCCGAUGAUUUCAUUGAGCGUAUUGAAAGCUCACAUGUUCGGUCAAUACUUGUUUUUACAAAUAAAACAUCAAAUACGUUAGCGAAGAGAAUUCCUGAAAAAUGUAGGUGGUUGAAGGUUCUUGAUUAUGAACCUACUCCAUUGUUUAACAUUCCUGAGAAGUUUGGAAAUUUGAUCCACUUGAAGUAUUUAAGUUUGGGGUAUAUAACAGCAGGUAAAAUCCCAAACUCCAUUGGCAUGCUACAGAACCUGGAGACCUUGGAUCUAAAGGCUACUAGUGUUAGUGAGUUGCCAAAAGGUAUUAGCAAGCUUAGAAAUUUAAGACAUCUUAUCGGCUCUGGACUGUCGUUGAUUCAAUUAAACAACGGUCUUGGAGAGAUGACAUCCCUACAAACUCUGUGUUAUAUUAAUUUAGGUAUGGAUGGUGCUGCAGAGGUAAUUAAAGAGUUAGGAAAGCUGAAGAAGAUGCGUGAGUUGGGGUUGCUUAAUGUUCGUAGAGAAGAUUACAACGUUCUAUCGUCCUCAAUUAAUGAAAUGCAACACUUGGAGAAAUUACAUGUUAAACUAAGUUCUGCAACUAAUGAUGAAUUCAUUGAUUUGAAUUUGAUUUCACCACCAACUAAGCUUCGAAAACUUACACUACGUGGGAGGCUUCAGAAGUUACCAGAGUGGAUUUUAGAGCUUCAAAAUCUUGUUGUGUUGAGGUUGAAGCUUUCAUGUUUAACUAAGGAUCCAAUGCAAUCUCUAAAAAGUUUGCAACACUUGCUGAUUCUUUCUAUAGGAGUUGGUGCUUAUGGAGGCUCACAUUUGUAUUUUCAAGAUGGAUGGUUUCAGAAACUAAAGGAACUGGAUAUUGGAUCUUCGGAUGAAUUGAGAGAAAUUAUUAUCGACAAAGGAACAUUGUCUUCUUUGAAAAAACUUCAGUUAUACGGACUCCCGAAACUGAAGAAUAUACCGACCGGCAUCCAACACUUGGAGAAGCUUGAAGUUCUCCAUAUCAGGAGUAUGCAAGUUGAAUACUUGCAGCACAAGUCUCCGGAGGAUUGGAAUUGGAUCAUGGAGCAUGUUCCCCUUGUAGAAAUUUCUACCUCUGAUGGAAAUAUUGUUCCAAACUCAAGGAGAUAAUUGCAUCUACUUAUAAAUUCAUAUUCAGGUCAUUUCACAUUCGAUUAGGUGUUGGGCUUUAACUUCAAAUGCAAUGGCAAUUCAGAUUCUCCAAUAGGGACUUUUACUACAACAAUUUGGGACUUAUGUUCAUCAAUAAAAAAAGUUAUAUCUUUUGUCAUUAUUUUAUCAUGGUGUAUGAAAUCUCUAUAAUUGUUGCUUUUGAUAUUUAAGUGGUUUGUAUUUAUAGUAUAUCAUGUUUGUAACAUGUUAUAAGAGCUUCCCCUUUUGAUAUUUAUGUAUUUUGGAAUCUUCUUUUCUAGCUUAGUAGUAUCAAAUAUUUUGACAAUUACACUUGUAAAAAAUUUCAGUUAGAGACCAGUGAAAAAGAGAAAAUAAAUGGCAUUAUAUUAUUAA